AUGCUGAAAUACUUCUUCACAAAGCAGCCUGAGACGUUGCCGUUGCUCUGGUCAUUCUCAAAUUACCUGUCUAACACUGUAGACAGGCCAAUCGACUUCCUUGUGAAAGGUAGAAAAGUUCGUUUCAUCGAAGAGCUCUUGGAAUUUCUGGAGCCUCGGCUCAAGAGGAUUAAUUACCCGGAAGCAUUUAGGAAUGGAAUUGCAGAAACCCCAGAGCUAAACGCUUUCAGUUGUGAACUGUCUAAAUACAGAUCCUCAAUGUCCAGAUUCGCAUCUCCCUGUAUGGCAGAGAGGUUGAAGAGUGUUGGUGUAGAUCUUUGUACCUUCGAAGACGUAUAUCACGGGGCGAUCUUCAAUGGCCGAGACUUUCUGGAUUAUCUCCAUCAGAACUCCCGUGUUUCCAAGACUUACGCGCAUUGGUUCAAUGGCAAAGCUCCCUUUGAGUUUGCAGUAGAGGAAAAUUGCCUCGAAUCAGUUCGCUGGCUCAAGUGUCAUAGAGGUGACCACAUUGGACCCGGAAAUUGGGCCGCAUUGCUUAAUAAAAUUGCUUCACGACUCACAGAGGAAGGCGAGACCAUGCUCCAGGAGCUUAUCUCUGUAGAUGAGGGGGUAAUUAUUGGUCACUUUGAAUCUGCAAGGUUGGUUCGAGCUGUCGUACGCGGAUUGGUCCCAUUCGUGCAAGCUGAAGAGAGGAAAAGAGAUGCAGGGAUUUUGACUGAAGACGACCUCCUGGCUUGGAAACACACGCAAGAGGACCGAGCUAUCAGAAAGUGUGCACUCGUUCUCAGGGUCUCUUGGAGGGCCCUUGCAAUUGGUAGUCACCCCAUUUCUGAGGACAUCGUUCGCCCAUCAACGGAGCUUACCACGGAUCUUGCGAUCGCAGUCCAAAAAUUCAACAAGGCGAGUGACACAGCUCAUAUAGCCAGGUUGCAGCGCUUGGCUAGUGCUAUCAAGUGCCUUUUCCUUUGA